AUUUAGUUAAGAUAUAAUCAUCACUCGAAAUGCCGAUUCGGUGACACAGGCGCCCCUUGGUGAUGCGUUCUCCUAUGCGAUCGACUCGAUCGGCGUUUGACUUAAACACUCACUGUACGCCAAACUCGCUCCGCUCUGCUCUUACCAUUGCAACUUUUGCAGACUCUACAGACAUGUCGUACAAUAGCUGAAGUAAACCUGUCAUUCGGCUCAUCGUUUGAGCCUCCGACAAAUAGGUGAUAGACAGGAAUCCGUUGAAGGACACCCCCGCUGCUGUUUGGCUUUCAAUGGCCUCUGAUUAAAAACCUUGGAUAUGAGUUAUGAUCAUAUUUCUCAUUAUUGAACUGGGCUAGUGAUGCAGGAGACCGUGGCGACUCUCUCAGUGGUUCAAGAUGGCAGAUUUUUAUUGAGUUUUGAACAGAUAAAUCGCUUUAUUUUUUGCCAUGAAUAACAGAAAUCUUUGCACCGAUGGCCCCUGUAUACGAAGGUAUGGCCUCGCAAGUGCAAGUCUUUCCCCCUCACACGCUCCAGUCAAGUGCCUUCUUUAGCGUGAAGAAACUGAAAGUGGAGCAGAGUUGCAACUGGGAUAUGACAGGGUACGGCACGCACAGCAAAGUCUACAGCCACAACAGCAGCAGCAGCACCAGCGGCGGCAGCAGCAAGCACGUGUCGGCCAGCGUCGCCCCCCUCGGCAUCAGCAGCUCCCUGCAGGUGGCCAGCUCCACACUGCACUACGAGCAGACGCUCAUCUUCCCAGCCAGCGCUAGCCACAUCGUGGUCGCCUCAGCCAGCAGCACUUCAGGGGCCGCGGGGUCACUGCUGGGCAGCAGCGCUAGCAGCGGAGGCAACGGCGGUAGCGGUAGCAGUUGCGGCGGCGGCGGCGGCGGCGGUGGUGGCGGCGGCAGCAACUGCAGCGACGGAGGCGGAGGAGGAGGAGGCAGCACUGGUGGUGGGGUGGGUGUCCACAACCUGACCCGCCGUAGUACUGUCAGUCUCCUGGACACGUACCAGCGAUGCGGGCUUAAGCGCAAAAGCGAGGAGCUCGACAACAGCCACAGCAGCGUGCAGCUCGUGGAGGAGCGCGGCGGCGCGGCCAUGAUCCAGAACGGAGCGGGCAGCGGGGCAGCGGCGAUGGCGGCGGCGGCGGCGGCGGGGACGGCGCCCGCCACGGCCACCGCCAACUCCACCGCCACGUCCAAGAACAGCAGCGCCAACAACGAGGGGGACUACCAGCUGGUGCAGCACGAGGUGCUGUGCUCCAUGACCAACACCUACGAGGUGCUGGAGUUCCUGGGGCGAGGCACCUUCGGGCAGGUGGUGAAGUGCUGGAAGCGGGGCACCAACGAGAUCGUGGCCAUCAAGAUCCUGAAGAACCACCCGUCGUACGCGCGGCAGGGCCAGAUCGAGGUCAGCAUCCUGGCGCGCCUCAGCACCGAGUGCGCCGACGACUACAACUUUGUGCGGGCCUACGAGUGUUUCCAGCACAAGAACCACACGUGCCUGGUGUUUGAGAUGCUGGAGCAGAACCUGUACGACUUCCUCAAGCAGAACAAGUUCAGCCCGCUGCCGCUCAAGUACAUCCGGCCGGUGCUGCAGCAGGUGGCCACGGCCCUCAUGAAGCUCAAGAGCCUGGGUCUGAUCCACGCCGACCUCAAGCCCGAGAACAUUAUGCUGGUGGACCCUUCCAGGCAGCCUUACAGAGUCAAGGUCAUCGACUUUGGUUCGGCGAGUCACAUCUCCAAGGCGGUCUGCUCCACUUAUCUGCAGUCCAGAUACUACCGGGCUCCAGAGAUCAUUCUGGGCUUGCCUUUCUGUGAGGCCAUAGACAUGUGGUCCCUGGGCUGUGUGAUAGCUGAACUCUUCCUUGGCUGGCCCCUUUACCCCGGGGCCUCUGAGUACGACCAGAUACGGUACAUCUCCCAGACUCAGGGUCUGCCUGCAGAGUAUCUGCUGAGUGCCGGGACGAAGACCACCCGCUUCUUCAACAGAGACCCCGACUCCACCUAUCCUCUGUGGAGACUCAAGACCCCAGAGGAUCACGAAGUCGAGACGGGGGUCAAGUCCAAGGAGGCUCGCAAGUACAUCUUCAACUGCCUGGACGAUAUGGCACAGGUGAAUAUGUCGUCGGACCUGGAAGGCAGUGAGAUGUUGGCGGAGAAGGCAGACCGCCGGGAGUUCAUAGACCUGCUGACCAAGAUGCUGACCAUCGACGCGGACAAGAGGAUCACCCCCAUCGAGACCCUCAACCACCCCUUCGUCACCAUGAACCACCUCCUGGACUUCCCGCACAGCACACACGUGAAGUCGUGCUUCCAAAACAUGGAGAUCUGCAAGCGGCGCGUGAACAUGUACGACCAGAGCAAGACGCCCUUCAUCACCCACGUGGCCCCCAGCACGUCCACCAACCUCACCAUGACCUUCAACAACCAGCUCAACACUGUGCACAGCCAGGCCUCUUGCUUGGCCUCCUCCUCCACCACCAACGCCACCUUCUCCCUCGCCAACCCCGACGUCUCCCUGCUGAACUACCAGUCGGCCAUCUACCAGCCCACCAGCGCCUCCAUGGCCACCGUGGCCCAGAGGAGCAUGCCUCUGCAGCCGGGGCCCCCCCAGCUCUGCCCCGCGCGGCCCCCCGACCCCUUCCAGCAGGCCCUCAUCGUCUGCCCACCCGGCUUCCAAGGGCUGCAAGCAUCUCCGUCCAAGCACACUAGUUACUCUGUGCGGAUGGAGAACGCCGUUCCCAUAGUGACGCAGGCCCCUGGUGCCCAACCUCUACAGCUCCAGCCUGGCCUGCUGACACAGCAGGCCUGGCCCAGCGGCGCCCAGCAGAUCCUGCUGCCCCCAGCCUGGCAGCAGCUCACCCACACCUCGGUCCAGCACGCCACCGUCAUCCCCGAGCCAAUGAGCAGCACGCAGCCUCUGGCCAGCUGGAGGAAUUCCCACACUCACGCUAGCCACUACAACCCCAUCAUGCAGCAGCCGGCCCUAUUGGCCGGCCACGUCACCCUGCCAUCCAAUCAGCCACUCAAUGUGGGAGUGGCUCACGUUAUGAGGCAGCCGUCAACCAAUAACAGCUUGUCCAAAAAGACCAAGCAGCACCAGAUGUCUACAAGGAACCUGUCGGGCUACGAGGUGUCCUCCUCCCAGCCCGUGCUGUCCCCGCAGCGCUCCAAGCGGGUGAAGGAGAACACGCCGCCGCGCUGCGCCGUGCUCCAGAACAACACCUCCUUCAACUGCCCCGCCCUCUCCACCGUCACCGGAGGCUGGGGCAGCAGCAGCAGCAGCACACACCACCAUCACGUCCCACGACAGACCAUCAUCAUCCCCGACACGCCCAGCCCGGCCGUCAGCAUCAUCACCAUCAGCAGCGACACGGACGACGAGGAAGAACACAAGCAGAGCAACAACAACUUACCGUCGAAGCACAGGAAGAACGUGAUCAGCUGCGUGACGGUGCACGACUCGCCCGAUUCGGACUGCUCCAGCAACAACAGCCCAUACGCCAUGGAGACCAGGUUGGCCAACAACAACAACAACAACGGCUACGACAGCAAAAGCACCGUGCUGGACAACUACAACAACAUGAACUCUCGCACCAUCAUCGUCCCCCCCCUGAAGACUCAAGGCAGUGAGCUGCUGAGCGAGUGCGAUCGCCUCAUGCCAGAAGCAAUUAAUCAUCAGAACUACAAGUUCAAGUCCUCCAUCGUGGGGGUGUCCGGAAACGGACACUUACCGGGGGGCGUGGUGGGCUCCUACCGGCAUCAGCGCUCCGGGCCGCACCCCUUUCAGCAGCAGCCCCUGAACCUCAGCCAGGCCCAGCAGCACAUGGCGGCGGAGCGAGGCGCGGGCCACCGGCGCCAGCAGGCCUACAUCGCCCCCACCAUCGCCGCGCAGGCGCCCUACUCCUUCCACCACGGCAGCCCCUCCUCCCACACGGGCAACCUCCACCCCCACCCCCACCCCCACCUGACGGCCGCCCACCUGCCCGGCCAGCCCCAGCUGUACGCCUACACCACCGGGCCGCCGGCGGGCGCGCUGGGCUCCAGCGGCGCCACCACCAUGGCCCACCUGGUGGCCUCCCAGGGCUCGGCGCGGCACGCCGCGCAGCACGGCAGCUACCCGCCCGCCAUCGUGCACCAGGUGCCCGUCAGCAUGGGCCACGGCGUGCUGCCGUCGCCCGCGCUGCAGCACCACCACCACCACGCCGGCCAGUACCAGGUGCAGCCCUUCGCCCACCACCACCACCACCACCACCACCACCCGGCCUACAUCAGCGCCUCGCCGGCCUCCACCGCCACCCUGUACACUGGAUACCCGCUGAGCCCCGCCAAGGUCAACCAGUACCCUUACCUCUAGAGGGGCCAAGCCCGCCGUCGGGACCUCUGUGGACCACACUGGAGAGGGAGACCCGCCCCCUGCAGCAGCAGCAUCCUCUGCUGCUGCUG